AUGCAAACCUAAGAAUUUGAAAAAAAAAUUUGCUAAGUCCACAAAUUGGAUAUAAUAGCUUUUGAUUUGAAAUCAUAAACAAGAAUAUAAGACAAAUAUUUAUGCUCAAGAUGCAUGGCUGAAAAAAUAGAUAAAGAGAAUUUGACUUUGCUAAAUGAAACAGUUGAGAUGAUUUAUAGUAUGAAGAAUUAAGCUUCAAAACUCAAUAAAGAAGAAAAUUGUCUUAGACUUAUAAAUAUAAAAUAAUUAUAAUCUUCUAUUAAGUCAUUCAAGGAUUACAUCAAAACUGACCUUAAUAAAUUACUUCAAUUAAUAGAUCUAUAAAUAGAAUAGAUUUAAAUUGAAAUAGAAUCAAAAGAAACAAAAUAAGAAAUUAAAAAUUUGGAAGAGGACUAGCUAAUUCUAUCAAAAUAUUAUAAUGGAGAUCAUAGUUUCACGAUACCAAUAGAACAGAGUUUAUAGGAAACAGAUAUGGCCCUUGUGUAGUUGGUACAAGAAUCGCUAUUGUCUUAAUCAAAAUCAUAACAUUUUAAGGAGAUUAUGGAAUCCAUAGAUAAAAUAAAAAUCACAACUCCAAAAAUCUAAUAAUUGAACGUAAAUAAGUUGCCUUCAAAAGAAUUCGAGAAGCAUGUAAGUUUAUGAUAUAUUAUUAGAAAACCCCUUGUCUGAAUUAAUUAUGCACCAAACAUAACAAAGAAAUAAUUAUGCUAAACCUGGAUGUUAAUAAGCCUGAGUUUAGUCGUUUAGCAUGUGUGGAAUGUAUCGAAGAUUGUCCUAUACAAUAUAUUAGUUUGAAAAAGGCGAAUAAAAGGUGGAAUGAGUUUACAUAAUAAUAAGAUGAUUUGAUUUCUAAAUAUAACUCUAAAAGGAAAAAUAUUUAAUAUAACUAUGAAAGAAAUUAAGUCACUUUGGGAUUAUUAUAAUAAUUAAUUAUCAGAAGUGCUUACAUCUAUUAAUGAAUAAUUGCUACAAAAUACUCAAAAUGUUUAAGAUUUUAUCAACUUAGAAAAUAAAUAAAUCUUUGAAUUUGAUGAUAAAUAAAUUGAAAAAAUAGUUGAUUUAUUGAGUUAAAAAGAUAAAAAUAAGCAUAUUCUAGAAAAGUAAGAAAAAUAGGAGAGGCUUGACUAUUUGUUUUAUUAGAGUAUCAAAUAAAAAUUGGAUUGUCUUAUAAAACACGAUCUUCUUUGUAAAUAAUAAUUGAUUAAAAUAAUGUAAUAAUAAGGUACUUUUAACAUAAUUUAAUAUUAGAUAUAGAAUAUUCAGAAAGAACUAGUUCAUUUGUGAAUAAGCAAAGUUCUGAAGUACAAGAAUUCAUAUCAAAAUGUUAAUUAUAAGGUUAAUAUUUAUCUAUAUUUAAUGAAUCAGUUGAUCUAUAAAUGGAAAUAUAGAAAGAUGCAUAUAGUUUAUAAUAGCAAGGAUAGCUUGAUUAAUUAAUUGUCUUAGAUGACAAUAAAAAUGAGGGUGCUUAACUUUCUCAACUUUAAUAACAAUAUAAAUAAUUUGAAAUAAAUUCAGAAAAAAUGAAAAAAUUGAUUAAGGCAGAAGAAAACGAUGAAUAAUUAAAAAUAAUUAAAAAAUAAAAAGAUGAAUUGCAUCUACAGAUUGAAGAUGAAAAGUUAGUUUUCAAAGAAAUAUAAUAAAAAAUUUCUUGUUUAGAGGAAGUAACAACCUCUUAAAUAUCAGAACUGAAUCAAAAAGUUUCUAAGUAAGAAUAACAAUAAUAAGAUUUAUCACAAUAAAUUAAUCAAGAAAUUGUUAUGGGUAACCAAUUAAAGGAAAAUUUAAAAUAGUUAUCUAAUUCAAGUGAAUAAAAAUUGUAUUAGUUAACAACAAAAUAUGAUGAAUUAAAUAAAUAAAUUGAUGAAGCUUAGCAGGACAUUUAUCAAAUGAAAAAUUCUACGAUGCUUUAAGAUAAUCUCUAAUCAUUAGAAAAUAGCAUGGAUUCAAAAUACAAAGUGGUCCACGAAAAAAUAGAUUAGUUGACCAAUCAAAUUUAACAAAACAAUAUUGAGUAAAAUACAAAAUAAGAAUAAUAAUAAUAGGAAGUAUUAAAACAAAUAAAUGAUGAAAAGAUUGCCACAAAUUCAUAAUUUGAACAAUAAAAUCAGAAGCUUGAAUAAAUAACCAAAGAAAAAUCAUGA